AUGUCAGCGGCUCUGCCUCCCGACGAGAACCGGGCUGUGAGCCUGCUCUUAUGCUUCUGGAUUCCCUUCCCCUUCACGGUAGGGCUGGUCGUGACCCGCUUCUACUGUCGGGGCAUGCGAAAGGACCUCGGGUAUGACGACUGGACGAUCCUAGUGGCAUGGAUGCUCUACACAGCAGCGGCGGCGAUGAGCACGGCGAUGGAGCUGCGGGGCGGGGCGCGACAUGUGGCCUACCUGAGCGCGGAGGAGAUCCUGUACAUCGGCAAGAUGCAGAUCAUCAACCAGUUCCCGGCGGCGCUGUCGGCGAUGUGCGGCAAGAUCAGCGUGGCGCUGUUCAUCAUGCGCAUCUCGGGCCGCACCUCCAAGUGGCGCCGGUGGUUCCUGACCGUGCACAUCGUGCUGUACUUCUGCCUCACCGUGCUGAGCCUGUGCAUGCUGAUCGGCCAGUGCAAGCCCGUCCAGGCGCUCUGGGACAUGAGCUUGCGCACCUCGGGCCAGGCUACGUGUUUAGACGCGCGCAUCAACACGGAUAUCACCAUGUUGCAGUCGGCCUUCGGCGCAUACCUCGACUUCGUCCUCGCCCUCCUCCCGCUAAGCUUCAUCAUCGACCUAAAAGUCAGCCUCCAUAAACGUAUCGUCCUCUUCUGCAUUCUGAGUCUGGGUAUCGUAGCAGGCAUAUGCGCCUGCAUCAAAACCAGCGAGUUCAUCCCCGCCACGGCCGGCACGGACCCAACCUGGGACGGCUAUGCCCUCUACCUCUGGGCCUUCCUCGAGAUUCCCCUCGUCAUCAUCGCAGCAUGCAUCCCGCCCUCCAAACCGAUCUGGGAUUUUUUAGUCAAAGGCCAACCCAUCCGCCCCUCCAGCAACCACAGCAGCAGCAACUACACAGGAUCGGGGUCGACGGGCUCGUACCGCAUCGGGUUCGUGAAGACCUCCGUGCGCGCGCAGAAGCACACCCAAAAGAAAAAGGGCGGGCGGGGUGGCCAGGCGGAUGACGGGGUGAAUCUGAUUUUCCAUGGGGGGAAGGGUGGGGCAACGAAGAAUAAUAUUCAGCAGACGGUGUUGAUUACCCAAACUUCGAGGGAGAGGGGGUCGCCCAGGCAGUCGGAGACGAGUGUGGGUAGUCCGGUUUGA